GAUCAAGACGCACGCCACAUUACCUCUAUAUGUGGCCACUUUAACAGAUCUUUUUGGGUUUUUUUGCCCCCCCAGUAAGGGGGCUGCCGAUGGAGGCCUCUUUUUUUUUUUAAUUUUCACUUUUUGAUGACUGUUUGCACGGUUGAUUAUUGAGUUGAUUGUUUUAUUAUUAUUUCGGCCGUUGCUGUUCGCCGCCUCGUGCGCUUUUUUUUUCUUUUUUUUUUUCCCCCAUCCAUUUUGGAAUCGGCGACUUUAUCGCUCCCUCACCAAAUGUCCUAUCCUCAGGGUUACCUUUACCAGCCCCCGGGCUCUCUGGCUCUGUAUUCGUGCCCGGGUUACGGCUCGGCUCUGGCCGCUCCGCGGAGCGACGACUUGGCUCGGCCGUCCUCCGGCUCAGCCUUCAGCCCGUACCCCGGCUCUGCCGGCGCCGGGCCGGGCUUCUCCAGCCCGCUGUCAUACUCCACCGACCCGGCCACGGGAUUCCCAUCCUACAUGUCCUCUCCAUACGACGCGCACAGCACGGGCAUGGCCGGGCUGAGCUACCACCCGUACGGGAGUCCGGGUUACCCGUACCAGCUCAACGACCCCGCGUACCGCAAGAACGCCACCCGGGACGCCACGGCCACCCUGAAGGCCUGGCUGCAGGAGCACAGGAAGAACCCGUACCCCACCAAGGGCGAGAAGAUCAUGCUGGCCAUCAUCACCAAGAUGACCCUCACGCAGGUCUCCACCUGGUUCGCCAACGCCAGGAGGAGGCUGAAGAAGGAGAACAAGAUGACCUGGGCGCCCAGGAAUAAGAGCGAGGACGAGGACGAAGACGACACGGACGCGGAGAGGAAGGAGGUGGAGCGCUGCGCAGACAAAAACCUGGAUACCAGCGAGGCUUCUGCAGAGGACGAAGGCAUCAGCUUGCAUGUGGACACACUGACAGAUCACUCCUGCUCGGCGGAGUCGGACGGGGAAAAGGUGAGCUGCGCGCGCAAGCUGAGCUCGGACCUCCCGGAGGACAAGUGCGAGGACGAGGACGAAGACGAGCAGAAUAACCGCGAGCGGCGGGUGCAGCUCUCCGCCAAACCCGCCACGUCGUCCCCUCUCACGGGAGUGGAGGCUCCGCUGCUCGGCCAUCACCACCAUCACCACCUCCAUCACUUCCAGCAGCGCGAGGACGCCGCCCGCGGCGUCGCCCAUAGCAACCACCUCAGCACCAAUAAGGUGUCCUCCUCCGGGCCGCCUCAGAACCCCGCAAUCAAGCCCAAACUGUGGUCUCUGGUGGAGAUCGCUACCUCGGACCUAAAGGAGCAGCAUCAGGGCCAGUCCGGGCCCAGCUGCCCCUCCUCCAGCUCCCCCUCCCUCUACCAGACCCCCUCCAUCCUGGGAAGACCUAUUUAUUACACUUCUCCCUUUUAUAGUAAUUACACAAACUAUGGCAACUUCAGCCCCCUGCAGGGUCAAGGGAUCCUGCGGUACACGAAUUCAUCUGGAGUGAGUCUGGCAGCAGCCGCAGCCGCCGCCGCUGCUGCUGCUGCUGCAAACGAGGAGGCCAGCGGCAUUAACCCCAAACCCGGGCCACAAUCCCCCAAACCCGGCCCAGAACCCCCCCUCGCUAAGAAUAACCCCAACCACAUUGUUGUUGUCGACCAGCAGCAGCAACAGCAGCAUUUCAGACCCGCAAAUUUAGAAGCGAAGAAAGGUACGUAAUAAUAAAACGCGCCUAUAAAGCCUGAAUUAUGGUUCCGCGUUAAAUCGACGCAGAGCCUACGCCGUAGGGUACGGCGUAAGGUACGCGGCGACGCGCACCCUACGCCGUAGGGUCUGCGUUGGUGUAACGCGGAACCAUAAAUCAAGCCUUAAACCUAAACAGUAAACCAAAACGAUAACUUAUGAAAUCUUAUUUAAUCUUCAAUCUUGGAAUUGCAUUUCCUUAUUAAACAGCAGAGGAAUACCAAUUUUGGUGGAAGUAAAAUUAAAUCACUGGUUCCCAAAUCAACUGGUUUCCCCUUUUGUGUCCCUUUCACGUGAGAUUUAUGUGAUGACUUUGGUCAAAUUGAGCCUUUUUUCCUUUUAGUCGACUAAUGUUGGUAUCAAAACAACCUUUAUCAAACUGUGACAAAUGUUCCCUCUUAGGGUAAUAAUUUUAGGACAAGUGCGCACGCAGAUUAUUCAUUUUAAGUUCAGAAAUGUAAAUGUCAUAGCCGUCCAUUUAGGAACAAAUAAAUAAAUAAACUACACAUUUUGUUCAGUCGGUGUCUCAUGGGACCACGAGGAAUCUAGCAACGGGACUUUUAUUUGCAAUAAGCAUGACUUAAAAAAAUCAGCAGAGACGUGACAAACCAGUUGCAAAUAAAAGUAAAAAAAACAACAAAACAAGUGCAUUCACAGUAUCUACAGAUGGACGUUAAAACAAGGACAUGAAGAGAAGACAGGCCUCAAAUCCCACACGUGCACAAUGGCAGGCUGUGAAUCCAGUAAGCAGAGAAAUGUUGCCAUAGCUUUGAGCAAGGAAUCCUAUUUUUAAUGUUUCCUUUGUUUAUACGUGCGGAUGUGUGUCUGCGCGCGCACGCGUGCGUGCACGUGUGUGCGCACAGUGGGUAAUAGACCUUAUCUUUCAGCUUAGGAUAAUUAUAAUUACACAGGGUCAGCCAAAAGCAAACAAAUUAGUUUGCUCUGCGCAGUUCGUGCAACUUCACAUCUUCAAAUGUCACCGAGGUGGUUGUGGUUACUUUCUUUCUCUUUUUUUUUUCCUUGCGCGAAUUAAUAGCUCUCCCUACGUGAGGCUGAGUGGCCUGGACGCGUUUGUAGCAGCAGUUAAGCAGUGAGGGGAUUUUAAUAAGCGCUUGCAAUAUAGUUAUUUUUCUGUGUGUGUGCAUAUAUAUAUAUAUAUAUAUAUAUAUAUAUAUAUAUAUAUAUAUAUAUAUAUAUAUAUAUAUAUAUAUAUAUAUAUAUAUAUAUAUAUAAACUUCCAAGGUCUACAGGUAGGUGUCACAAUUGCUUUGACUAUAAAAGGAGAAAGGACACAACCUUUUAGCCUCACGUUUUAACCCUCGUAACCUCUUUAUUCCAAACCGGAUCGAGUGCCACCAUAUUGUCGGAAUGAAAGCUGCUACUCCCCCCCAAACCCCCAAAUCCCCUCCAGCCCCCUCCAGCCCCCUCCAGCCCCUCAGACUGAGACUUCCACGCGUUUGUCAGACUUUUAUUGUAUUAUUUCUGCCGCAUUGGUUCAUGCAUGGAGGAAGAGCCCGCCGUGCUGGUUGGACACACACCCUCCCAUCAUCAUAUGUGACGUACAUGUUGUUUCUCAGGUUCCUCUUGUUUGCUUAUUUGCCACGGUGUAUUAUUUCAGCAUAUCUACGUGUGAAAAAAACAUCAUUUGGCAUGAAACCGUUUCGGGACGCACAGUGGACCGAGUUGAAGUUGAACUUGAGGACUAUACGAAGUGGAAUAGCCUACAUUUGAUAUUUAUUUUUUUAAAACGAUGGCGGAACGAUGCCUAUAAUUUAUGCAAGUUGUAUUGCAAAAAUGGGAGACUGAAAUCUUCUGUUUGUUUUGUAAAUAUCCUACAUAUAUAUUAUGGACGGUUUUUAUUUGAAACGCAUUGGGGGGGAGGGAUGGGGGGGUACUCAAUCUUGUUAUCAGGAGUACUUUUACUAAUUUAUAUCUUUGAAUGUAUAU